UGUCACUCAAUGUUUCUUAUGCUCCCACCAGUUUCCAAAACAAACAGUGGAGCCUGCAGCCGCCCGUUGCCUCAGUUGGAUGCAAGAGGAUCGCGCCGUGGCCGCUGCCCCCCGACGGGAGCCGUGCGGCGGCCGGGCGAGGCUCGCUGGGCACCGGCCGGGAUGGAGCCGCCGCCGCCCGCCUGAGCCCCGCGGCCGCCCGGGGGGACCCCCGGCCCCGGGGGAUGGCGCUCAGCUCCCGGGCUCACGCCUUCUCGGUGGAAGCGCUGGUGGGACGCGCGGCCAAGAGGAAGGUGCCGGAUGGGCGCGACGAGGAGCGCGGGGCCGGCGGCCGGGAGAGCCGCGCAGCGCCGGAGCCGGAGAAGCGGCCCAAGGCCGGGGCCGAGAGCCGGGAGGCGGGGGCCGGGGCGCAGGUGGAGCUGCAGGGCUCCGAGCUCUGGCGGAGGUUCCAUGAGAUCGGCACCGAGAUGAUCAUCACCAAGGCCGGCAGGAGGAUGUUCCCGUCGGUCAGGGUGAAGGUGAGGGGGCUGGAGCCGCUGAAGCAGUACUACAUCGCCAUCGACGUCGUCCCGGUGGACUCCAAGAGAUACCGUUACGUCUAUCACAGCUCGCAGUGGAUGGUGGCGGGGAACACGGACCACUCCUGCAUCACCCCCCGGCUCUACAUCCACCCCGACUCCCCCUGCUCGGGGGAGACCUGGAUGAGGCAAAUCAUCAGUUUCGACCGGGUGAAGCUCACCAACAACGAGAUGGACGACAAGGGGCACAUCAUCCUGCAGUCCAUGCACAAGUACAAGCCCCGCGUCCACGUUAUCGCCCAGGACUCUCGCUUCGAUCUGGCGCAGAUCCAGUCGCUGCCGGCCGAGGGGGUGCAGACCUUCUCCUUCCAGGAGACCGAAUUCACCACCGUGACGGCCUACCAAAACCAGCAGAUCACCAAGCUGAAGAUCGACAGGAAUCCCUUCGCCAAAGGUUUUCGGGACCCCGGGAGGAACAGGGGGGUCCUGGACGGGCUCCUGGAGACCUACCCCUGGCGGCCCCCCCUCGCCCUGGACUUCAAGGCUUUCGGCGCAGACAGCCCGGGCGGGAGCUCCAGUUCUUCACCGGUGACCUCGAGCGGUGGGACGCCCUCUCCUCUGAACCCCUUGCUCUCUCCGUCGUGCUCCCCUCCUACGUUUCACUUGUCAGCAAGCAACAUUGGUGUGUCGUGCCCUGAGAGCUACCUACACAACCUCAACCUGCCCCUCUACUACAAGAUUUGUCCUACAAGCUUCUUAAGACAACAGUCUCUCAUUUUGCCAAGCCACGAAAAACUGGGAGGCACCGACCCGCAUCUUUUACCCCACUUCAUGGUGGAUAUGCCCAAACUGUCCUCCCUCGGCAUAGCCAAUCUGAAAAACGCUAAAGCUGAAGACUUAAACGGGCAGUGUCUACAAGUACCCAGUUCUGCUAGUCAAAUGCUGUAUGGAUUACAUGCAUCUGGAAACAUUUUCCCAUCAAGUCCCAUUGCUCGGGAAGCACUUAAUUGUUCCUUACAUCCUCCAUAUGGCUUGUGUGGCUAUAACUUCUCUGUGCCAUCUAGACUGAUGAAUGCAGCGAGCCAUUUCAAAGUGAGUGACAGCAUUCCGGCUUCUCUGAGAGAUGGCAGAUGUAAUCACUCUAACUGGCACCCGACAAUUAACCAUUGCCUUUAGUGGAAUUAUAUAAUAUUUCUAAGCAUUGAUAUGUAAAGCAAGCCUUUCCUUCCUUCGUACCCAAGGGCUCGCUAGUUAUUGACUAUGAAAUACUGCAUGGGACAGGAGUGGGAUGUCUAGGCAUUGCAUUUCUUUUGUGGGCAAACGUGUGGGGUGGUGGUGGGGUGGUGGUGGAGGAUUUGGGAGGGUCUGAGGUGAUCCACAGCGAGGUGAUGCCUUUUGGUGAUAUUUAUGUCAUGGUUGUUAGGUUAAGAGCAAACUGUACAGUCACCUUUUUGAUAUUUGCACUCUGAAGUGGGAACGUAGACGUAUACAUUUCUACAAAUACGUUUUCUCGAAACUGUCUCUCUAGCUUGCCUCUAGUUAGCUCAAAGCCCUAGCGAGCCUCUGCUCACCCAACCAGAGUUUUUCCUCUAAUUUCAAAGGGACUGUACCAGGCCUGGAGUUGGCAGAGGAGCUGUAUUUGGCCAAGUGCUUGAGCAUGUUCUCAAGUUCCCGUGGCUUUAAUGGGUCCUAAUUAAUGACAUGAAAGUGCCUUGUUCUCCAGGACCCAGACGACUCAGUUAUCAGAGUGGGGACAUAAAUCCAAGUAUUUUCUGCCAAGGUAAAGAAAGACAGGGUAGAAGAUGGAUGUGUCCCUACCUUGUGGGGAUGAGAAAGUGGAGCCUGAUGCAGCGGUGCCCCAAGAGCCCUCCGUUCCACACUCCUGCUCCCGGGGAUCUCUGGGAGGUGGUAGUGCAGAGCGGCACCAGUGCUGAUGGCGAGGUGAGAAGGAACAGAGGAUGGGGGUCACACAUCUCCCCCAUGGCGAGAGCUCCAUGCUGGGGGAUCUGGCAGAUACAUCUCAGAGAGCUGAGUGGGAUGAAACACCUCUGGGAGCCCCAGGGAACACAGAAGGUCCAUCUGGAAUCACAUCCACCAGCCUGUGCCCGAGGGAAGGGACAAGGUUGCUCCUGGCUUGGUCCCAUGGGAGAAUGCAGAUCCCUUCUGGAGAGAUCUCUAAGGGCUCCAAAACAUGAGAUUUUCAAUUCCUUCUGAAAGCCCUGUUUGUUUUAUUAUAACCCGUGGAUACUCUUGUUAUUCCUGUUAAUAUUCUUUAGCUCCCAAGGGAACAAUAUAACCCACAAUAAGAUGGGGCACAGGUUUUAGUCUUUAUUUGAUCAGUGCUCAGUCCCUACCUAAAGCCAAAUUUACUACCUGAUAUUUGACAGAGAUUUGGAAAUAAUGAUUCACUGGGACCGGCUGCAUUUUGGGAUUAAGUUUAGAGAAUCCUGUAUUUACAAACAUAAUGCAGCACUGUGUAGGGAUUAAGUGCAGAUUGAAGAAUCAAAAUUGGUAGCAGAGCUUUGGGUUUAUUUUCAUCCCUAACAGACAGCAAAUUAAGAAAAGAACUAGCAGUAUCGAAAGCUGUUACAAUAACAAGAAGUCAGACUGUUACUUUCGUGAGACUUUGCUAAAAAUCAGACAAUGUUGUUUUCCCUAAUUUAACUGCUUUGAGUAUUCACAGAGCCCCUGGCGAUACCAGAAUGAAAUGGUGGGCCGUGCUUGCCUUGCUAAAUGGUCUGUAGAACUGUAAAAAUGAGCAAACCUGCUUUCUUGCCCUGAUUCUUAGCAGUUUAUUUCACUACUUUUAUUAAAAAAAAAAAAAAAAAUUCAUUCAAGA